GAUUCAUUAACACAAAAUACAUCAAUAGAUCUUCCAGAUGUUAUUGACACAUCAAAUGAUAAUGAUCAAGAAACUGAACCAGAUACUUCAGAUGAAAAUAAUGAUAAUAAAAGUGACAGUAGUGAAGUUAAUAGUAAAGAAUAUCAGGAUGAUAAUGAUAUUAAAGGAAUAUCAUUCAGUGGGUUCAAUGCGUCAGAAAAUGUAUACGGUAAUGACAAUGCUCCAGAAGUACCUAUUAUUGAUUAUAACAAAGACUCUAAUUGGAUUGUAUUAUAG